GUACGACUUUUGGCAAAAGGUGCAGAAAAUUUAGUUAGUCUGAAGUAAGCUUUUCCGAAGUUUCAACAUUUUUAUGUGGAUAAGUUCAAAUCAUAUAACGUCAUAAUGGCUUAUACCUGGGAUAACCGUGUCGAUUUUGUUGUUCGGUAUAUGUAUGAUAUUGACAACAAUGGAUUCUUGGAUCAAAAUGACUUUCUAUGCAUGGCAGUAAGAGCCUGUGUCGUUGAAGGAAAAGGUGACUGCAGCACUGCUCGCUUGGAUGACUAUAAAAAACUUAUGAAGAAUUUAUGGGAGGAAAUUUCUGCAAUUGCUGAUGACGAUAAGGAUGGAAAAAUAUCUAACCAAGAGUUUAAAGAUGCAGUAAAAAAAACUUGUGUGGGCAAAAAGUACGAGGAGUUUCCACAGGCGAUGAGAGCAUUUAUUGAAUCGAACUUCAAGCUACUUGACAUAGACAGCGACGGUAUUGUUGGAGUUAAAGAAUACCGUUAUAACUGCAUAACUAGAGUAGCCAUCGACGAUAUAACACCAAUUGACAAAGCCUUCGAAACAUUGCUGAAUGACGAGGAUCGGAAACGUGGAGGUCUUUCAUUAGAUCGUUACAAAGAACUGUAUGGUCAAUUUUUGGGAAAUACGGCUGAUAAUCAUCCAGCAGUAAAUCUAUUUGGGCCUUUAUAAAUAUUUUGUACAUUUAAUUGUCUUCGCUGUUGUUCAACUACUAUUUAUUAAGAAUUAUUUGUAAUUACUAUGACUUUAAAUUUAUUACCACAUAGCAAUAAUACAUUCAUAUCAUUUUGUGUAGAAUCGUCAGAUGACCAGUUCGUUAACUUUAAAGUUUUUUAGUUAGUUAAGUACAUUUGCUCUCAGAAGUUUAAAAUAGGUAAUGAUGUUGAUUUGCUCUCCCAAUAAGGCUCUUAAGUUAAUACCUCUCUCUCGAAACCUAUUAGAUUACAAAUAUUUGUUGUGUUCAAUUAAAGUUGUAAUAAAUAAUUACCAAAAUAAACCAUUGCUUAUGAAGUUUCAAAAUUGUA